AAGUAAGAAGAGACCAGGUACCGGUGGGAGAACAGCCUCCCACGCUCCGGGACUUUUUCAAUAAUAUUUCUGGUGCAACUCUGCCUCCUCUUCACUCUCCACCAUGGAGAUAUUGGCUCCGGGAUUUUGCUUGAUGUUGCUGUUGGCAUUAGGAAAGCCUCAAGAAACGACCACCACUACCACCACAGCAACAACUACGUCAACAAGUAUCGUCACGAAUACCACUGAACUUCCUCCGCCUCCACCUCACUUCCCUGUCGGAACCACCCUUGUGCCUCCUCUGCCUCCUCCAACUCCACCUCCUCCGCCUUCAACUCCGCCUCCUCCAACUCCACCUCCUCCGCCUUCAACUCCACCUCCUCCAACUCCGCCUCCUCCAACUCCACCUCCACCGCCUUCAACUCCGCCUUCAACUCCCUACCCUGUCACAACCACCCCUGCACGUGUAACCAAGCCCACAACGAAGCCCACAACGAAGCCCACAACGAAGCCCACAACGAAGCCCACGGCUCCAGCCACCACUCCACGUGUAACCAAGCCCACAACGAAGCCCACAACGAAGCCCACGGCUCCAGCCACCACUCCACGUGUAACCAAGCCCACAACGAAGCCCACAACGAAGCCCACAACGAAGCCCACAACGAAGCCCACAACGAAGCCCACAACGAAGCCCACGGCUCCAGCCACCACUCCACGUGUAACCAAGCCCACAACGAAGCCCACAACGAAGCCCAUAAUGAAGCCCACAACGAAGCCCAUAACGAAGCCCACGGCUCCAACCAAACCUACAAGUGCUGCUAACGCGAAUACAGGCUCAGGAGUCAGAGCUGAGCCUCAAGAAACGACCACCACUACCACCACAGCAACAACUACGUCAACAAGUAUCGUCACGAAUACCACUGAACUUCCUCUGCCUCCACCUCACUUCCCUGUCGGAACCACCCUUGUGCCUCCUCUGCUUCCAACUCCGCCUCCUCCAACUCUGCCUCCUCCAACUCCGCCUCCUCCAACUCUGCCUCCUCCAACUCCUCCGCCUCCAACUCCGCCUCCUCCAACUCCGCCUCCUCCAACUCUGCCUCCUCCAACUCCUCCGCCUCCAACUCCGCCUCCUCCAACUCCACCUCCUCCGCCUUCAACUCCGCCUCCUCCAACUCCGCCUCCUCCAACUCCACCUCCUCCGCCUUCAACUCCCUCCCCUGUCACAACCACCCCUGCACGUGUAACCAAGCCCACAACGAAGCCCACAACGAAGCCCACAACGAAGCCCACAACGAAGCCCACAACGAAGCCCACAACGAAGCCCACAACGAAGCCCACGGCUCCAGCCACCACUCCACGUGUAACCAAGCCCACAACGAAGCCCAUAAUGAAGCCCACAACGAAGCCCAUAACGAAGCCCACGGCUCCAACCAAACCUACAAGUGCUGCUAACGCGAAUACAGGCUCAGGAGUCAGAGCUUCUCUGCUGUUUUCUGCCGUGCCGUUGUUGCUCUACACGCUCUGCCCAUGAGUUGCAAAACUUGCCGACAUGGACAAAAAACUCCAAAAAUAUUUCUGGGUUUAAAUGAAGUUUGAGUUCAACUGAAUAAAUCGUAAGAAAAUAUUGAAAUAUUGAAUAUAAUCUAUGUACAACGCAAUAUGUAGAACAUUUCCAGAUUGUUCCUAAAUAUGUUAGUGUGUAUAUUAAUCAAUUUAAGAUUGUGUUUUAUCUCGAUGUGGAAUCAGGAAUAACUCGUUAUUUGAGAAGAGGAUGUGAUAACUGAGGCCACUGAUGUACGAUAUGCGAGUCAGAGCUCACUUAGAGCUACAUAUUCAGUCUUAACCCUCCUGUUACCUUUACAUUUACUAACAUAUUUUACCCUCGGGGUCAAUUUGACCCCAGCAAUUAAAACCUCCAGAAAUUUAUUAGAAUUAAUAUUGUUUCCCAAGUUUAAGUGUGAGGUACUUUAUGUUGGUUUGUUGACUACCUAAAUAUCCCUUUAAAUAUAUAAAAAAGUUGAUAUUUCUUAUUGGUUUGACACAGUGAAAAACAGCCUGGGGUCACAUUGACCCCAAAGAAAACCGACGUUAAACAUUGAAUGGGAUCAAAUUGACCCUAAAGGUCACAGGAGGGUUAAGGCUACAAGCGCUUUAUGUUAGACCACGUUAGUUCAGACAAAACUGUGAUUGUUAUACUGCCUAUGUAUGUAAUAAUAUAUUAACAUUACAUUUAAAAUUAGAACUUCCUCCGCCUGAGAAACCGUAACCCCCUGCUAUAUCGGGGUCUGAAAGAGUGAAAUGUUUUCUGUGUGAACUUCUUUCUAAACAAAUCUCAGACACUUGAUGAUUUCCUCAAGGUUAUGCAUUCACUUGAUAAAGAAAAAUGAGUUAUGUUUUUUCAUUAAUCAACAAGAUUAUCUAACAAUUCUUUGUGGAAGUAUUUACGUGAAAUUAUUUUUGAAUUCAACCCUGUUUUUCUGAAUUAAGGAUAUAGAGAAGUUUUCAUUGACUUCAGAGCUCGAUUAAAAUUCUGAUGUAUCUUGUUAAUUCAGAAAAAAAUUUGAUUGUUAUCCUGCCUAUGUGAAAAUGUAAUAAUAUAUUUACAAUACAUCUAAAAUAACUUUAAUUAAAAAAAGACAAGUAAUAUUGUGAAAAUGGGUACCGUGGCUCUGUUAAAAAAAUAGGAAAAAAAAUACUGUUCAUGAUAAAGUGAAACGAUAAAAAAGGCAGAUGUAAAAAAGUAAUAAAAACAAUUCCCACAUCA